AUGACGAGAAAAUAUUUCAUAUCAGCCAACUGGAAAUGUAAUGGAACCCAGGAAAGCAUAAAGACCCUGGCGGCGAGCUUUAAUGAGUUGGACUUUGACCCCGCCAAGCUGGACGUUAUCGUUUUCCCCGUGAACGUGCACUACGAACUCGCAAAGAGCUUGCUGAAGCCAAAGUUUCACACAGGUAUACAAAAUGUGUCAAAAUACGGAAAUGGAUCCUACACAGGAGAAGUCAGCGCAGAAAUUGCCAAAGAUCUAAACAUCGAAUAUGUAAUUGUUGGACAUUUUGAAAGAAGAAAAUUUUUCAACGAAACGGAUGAAGAUGUAAAGGACAAAUUACAGCAAUGUUUAAAAAAUAAUUUAAAAGUUGUUCUUUGUUUUGGUGAGUCAUUAGAACAGAGAGAAAAAAAUCAAACCAUCGAUGUGAUAACUAAACAAGUAAACAGCUUUGUCCAUUUAAUUGACAACUUCGAUAAUGUUGUUUUGGCAUAUGAACCAAUUUGGGCCAUUGGAACGGGAAAGACUGCAACACCUGAACAAGCCCAAGAGGUGCAUAAAGAAAUAAGAAGUAUUGUGAAAGAAAAAUGUGGAGAAAAAAAUGCUAACCAGAUCAGAAUUCUAUAUGGGGGUAGUGUUAAUACUGAAAAUUGUGCAUCCCUCAUUAAGCAGGAUGAUAUUGAUGGGUUCCUGGUUGGCAAUGCUUCCUUGAAGCCAUCCUUUGUUGAAAUUAUCAAGAGUGCUAUGUAA